AUGGCGACGAAUGGGGCCGACGUGCAGGUGGAUGCUGACCAGGAGGAGGAGGAGGCCGAGGACGAUGAUGAGGAGGAAGGCGAUGAGGAUGUCGAGGAGCUGGUUGGAUACCUGGAGGACCCGCCCACCGAAGUGGAGAAGCGUCUUCUGCGAAGGCACUUCUUCCCAUCCAAAGUGGGUGGACAACCAGCCUGGCUGAUCCCAGAGAACCUGCCCGCAGAAGAGGAGCUUGCCUGUUGCAGGUGCAGCUCACGACUGCGCUUUCUAAUGCAGAUCUAUGCCUCGCAGGGAACGCGGAAGGAGUCUUGCUUCCAUCGUACUCUCCACAUCUUCGUCUGCACCAAUUGCCAGCCAAACGAGGCUCGAGUUUUCCGGGCUCAGCUGCCCCGAGAUUGUCCGUACUACAGCUACGAUGAGCCGGACAGAGAAGCUGCAACGUUGCAGGAGCCUCCACCAGAUGUGGAGCUGGAGGCGUUAUGCUGUCCUCAUUGCGGCCUCGUCAAUCGUGCGGCGCCGCAGCUGUGCAGCGACUGUGCCAGGCGAGCGAGAAAUGGAGAUCCACCUGUGCCCUUUGCCGAGUUCGAGAUAUCCGUCUCAGCAGCCAACGUGCCUGAUGACGACGAGGAGGAGCCCGCCACCAUAGAGCCCAGUGCUGCAGAGCAGCGGGCCGAGGAGGAUGGCAACAAUCCCGAUGCCUACGCAGAGGCGCUACAGGAAUCUGCGGACGCCGUGCAAGGCAUUGAAGUGACCGACGCCGACAAGAAGGACACAGAAGCUUUGGCAAAGCUCAAAGCGUAUCAAGAGAUGGUUCGACAAGACCCCGCAGCUGCAUUGGACAAGUUUGGUGCCAAUUUCGCAUCCGAGUGGGUGGAGGAGCACUCCGUCAAGGAUCCAGUCUUUGCCCGGUUUCAACGCUUCCACGCAGAGAACAAGAGCCAUGUCCUUCGCUAUCAUCUGCAAGGUGAGCCGAGGUGGUUCUGCAGACAUCGGCAGCUGGAGGGAGACAUUCCGCUUUGCCGCUGUGGAGGUCCACGCGUUUUCGAGUGCCAGGUUCAGCCCAUGAUCAUUUCCCUGCUGACAGGCUCUCCGCUGCAGAAUCGCCUCGACUUUGGCACUUUGUGCAUUUACUCCUGCAAGGAAAGCUGUGAUUCUGAUCCGAAGUCGCCCUAUGUCGAGGAGUUUGCGUACGUGCAGCCGGAGCCCGAGGUUGGCGAUAAAGCUGAAGAGGCAGCAGCGCCUCUUGUCAAGCAAGCUCUGUUCUACUUCUUGUGGUGCAAGUUGCGUUGCUCGUUUCUUUACGAGCUUCCGACCUCCCAGGAUGUGAGCAACUGCUGCAUGGAUUGUAAAAAUGCGUUCGAUGGAAUCUUGACGUUCGACACCAUGUUCGAUGUGCACUGCCAGUCCGGAGUCCAGCAGCAGGCGGGUAGAGCUUCCGAGUUGGUUGCUCUUGGCUCCCUGGCUCCGGAGCUCUCACUGCGGCCGGUACCGCUCAGCUCAGGACACCUCUUGCAUCCUUUCCAGCAGCCAACCUCGAGUUGCGAGGGGCUGUCACAGGAGUUUCAGAUGGAUCGUCGCGGGGGAUUCGGCAUCAAGCUGAACAUUGUUCUAAAUGCCGUGCCAGUCGUGGAGAUGGCGACCGACUCCAUCUUCCAUCCGAACGCGUCCUGGCUCCUUCAGGCAGCUGCCGGCAGUACCGGGAAAGCCGACGGGCUCUACGAGUACUAUCAGGACAGAGAGGUGGCAGCUGCGUGUUUCAAAGAGCUCCACCUAUCCAAGGAUGAGAUGAGCAUUUGCCGAUUGAAGAGUCGACACGACUUUGUCGUUGUGGGCACCAACGGCAAACGCUCAGUAAUGAUGGCUUUGUCGAUCUUGCUCGCCUUACGAGAUAAGCAAGCGGCGGACAACCUUGAGCGCGACAUCAGAGAUACGGAUGAGAGCCUCUCCGAGCCCCUGGCUGAUGUCCUUCAAGGAGCCUUUGAGAGAUGUGAGGAUGAGGCCAUCUUCCGGAAUGCGCGUGGCGAGAGCCAAGGCGAUGGACCCAUCGACGACUACGAUUGGGCUGGCCAAUAUCAGGCUGGCAAGCGGAAAGCCUAUGAGGGGUAUACUGAAGCGUCGUCUCCCAGUCGAAGGAGGGUACGCGCUGCCCCUGACAGUCAGGCAGAUUCGAGGUCACAGUCAAGACAGAGACAGAGACAGGUAGUGCCGGACGCCGACGGCGAUAAGGACAGCAGCAGCUGGAAAUAUGGCCAGGACUGGAAGGACUGGUCCGAUUGGGGCUGGCAGGACUGGGGCAGCAACGGUUGGGACUACAGUGGCCGUCGUGGCGACUCCUACAACUGGAGCAAGCCGGCCAAGCCAGGUGGCGUCUAUGAAGGCCACGGCAUCAAGAUGAAUAUUGUGCGCGACAAUGUUCCAGUUGUGGAGCUGGCGGCGCACUCGAUCUUUCAUGGCAACGCUUCGUGGCUUCUACAGGCAGCCACAGGCAGCUGUGGUAAAGCCGAUGGGCUCUAUGAGUACUGCAAGGACAAGGAGGUGACGUCCAUUUGCGUACGUGACCUCCGCAUAUCUCGUGAUGAGAUCAGCAUUUGCCGGUUGAAAGACCGGCCUGACAUCAUGGCAGUGGGAACCAAUGGCAAACGUUCGGUGAUGUUCGCGCUGUGCAUCAUGCUCGCUUUGCUGGACACGAAAGCUGCCAACGCCCUGGAGAGAGAUAUCCGGGAUACGGAUGCCAGUCUCUCCGAGCCGCUGGCAGAAGUGCUAGCGGCAGCUUUCGACAGAAGUCAGGAUUCCAGAAUAAUAAGCAAUGCCCGUGGGGGAGGAGGCGGAGGUGGAUACUGGAAAGAUGGAGCGGACUGGGAUACGAGCUAUACGAGCUACAAGGCAGGCCCCGUGGCGGACGUGGGCGAAAGGCUCGGUUGUGGGUCGGAGAACAUGUCCCAUGCUCGCGGCGGUGCGAGCCCCAGGCGAGUGGUGCCGGAUGUCGACGACCUGAACCAACAACUGGAGGCCCUGUUGUUUUGCCAAAUCCUGCAAGAACUGCCCAACACUGUCCAGGCAUUCAUGGCGCCAGACCCUUCGCGCGGGCGUGAUGGAAAGCUUCUGAUCACAGGCUUUUGCGGAGUCUACUUUCACACCUUUCCCGGCAGGCUGGAAGCUGGCCCGAAGGACUGUAUUGCAGAAAGCGAUGUCGAAUUUCAGGAGUGCCUGGACGAAUUGUCGAGGGCCAUGGCACACCGCAGAUCACCCCGCUGGCUCUUUGUUGUCGGCUCCUUCGAGCGCUGCGGCUCUGCUCAGGCUGUUUGCAUCAACACAAUCGCAAAGUCCGAAUUGGACUCCAAAGCAAUCGCCAGCAGCAGGUUGCUUCCGUUGGCUUCAAGCUACCUGCGGGGUGGCGGGGUGGGCAGGUUGUGCGGCUGUGGCAGUCCUUGGUCUGUGCAGCAUUGGCUCAAGCGCGAGCUAUUGGCAAGCAUCGCAGAGGCGUGCCUUGCUCAUGCGCUGAUGAGUGAGAACGAGGAGAUCAUGGGGCUGCUGCUGGGCAACGUCGAGGGCUCUGAGGUGCGUAUCUGGUGCUCAAUGACCUUGCGCCGGAGUGACAAGCAGCCGGAUCGAGUGGAGAUUGCGCCUGAGCAGCUGGUUCAGGCAGUGCAUGUGGCAGAAGAGUUGAACCAGGUACUGCAGUGCCGUACAAGGGUGGUGGGAUGGUACCAUUCCCACCCGCACAUCACUUGCUUUCCAAGCCACGUGGAUCUUCGAACUCAGCUGCAGUACCAGAUCAUGGACGCAGACUUUGUUGGAUUGAUCUUUGGAGUGUUCAACUAUGGUGACUCUGGCAGCGUGCAUCAUGAGCUCAUCGCCUUCCGCACACAGGAUGAAGGAGGACAGCUUAAGCAGAGAAAUCUCGACGUCGAAGUCACUCCGCUUUGCCAGCUGCUCUCGCAGGACGACGAAGCUGCCGCGGUUUUGCGGCGCGAGUUUGGGGGCUUCUUUGGCCACAACACCAUCUGCACCGUGGCAGAGCACACUCUGGCCGAAGUCAUGGAGGUGCACGAUGGAGGCAGAGAAGGAACGCCGGGCCAAGGCCCCUGUGAAAAUGGGACAACUGAACAGGGCCUUGCGACGAAGCACCAAGAGACUGAAGCGCAAGAAGACGUGUCCUUGCCGAGGCUCAGGCAAAAGGCAUCCUUGAUUGGGACGCUCUUCCGUGUUGCUGGAGAAAGCAUCGCGCCAUUGGAUGGAUAUUUGCAAGACUGCCAAAAGAACUUCCAGGUAUUUUCGAAGAUCUGGGGGGAGCCAGCAGAAGCAUCCGAGAAGCCGCCCUUGUCGAAAGGCGACGGGCAGACAGAGGACAUCGGGCAGCUGCCGUCCCCCAAAGCCAGUCAGCGGCCGGCAGUGGAGAUUGUGAAUGGCUCUCCAGCACCAACAGAGCGUGAUGAUGAGACUCCUGAACAAAAGUCUUCAGCAAGUGGAAGGCUGAGGCAGCAGGCGGAACCACAGUCGGCACCACCAGCCAACGAGUCCAAAGAGGGUGCAGGCGCUGGCGUCGCAGAUUCCACUGCAGAGUCUGCAGACCUUGCAAACCCAGCUUCGAAUGGACGUGCUUUGGAAUCCGAAGGCGGGGAGGCAUCCGCUUCAGCUCCAGACCCUCGGCAAGUGCAGGCCGACGCAGCCCACAUCGAAGCUUUGAAGGAGAACUUCCCGCAACCAGGGUUCUGUCUUUGCCAAGUCGGGCGGAAGAGCGAAUUGAGGAAAUGCAGUCGCCGGUGUUCGCUCCACGAACUCCGUUGUGCAGCACAUCUCUCGUCCAACACCCCCAUUCCCUGGUGCAGUGAGAUGCGCCUGGAUUGGGGCAGCGUUCAAGCUGACCUGGAGAACGGAGCGUUCCGAGUGGAGUUCAGAUGUGAUACACCAUCUAGCAAGAGACAUCCGGAUGCCCAUGCAGCAAAGGACGCCAAGGAAGGAAGACCCCCUUCCCGGAACUUCCCGGUCGCUUUGUUUGGGUGGGAUGGAGCCCUCAAUGCAGCUGCGCUCUACGUGUCGGGACAGUCUUACGCGGAGCUGACCAAACAGGCAGACUUGGCCAGGGAGGCAGAGCUGACGAAGCAGCCGGCCCCGAAGAAACCCCGGGUGAGGUAG